GUCCAUCUUGGCUCGUCUCAACGGCCAUCUUAUCAUUUGAAAUUUUAUCAGCCGGCAAUUACGUCGUACGUCAGCGUUUUUUUCCACUUCUGAUUGGUCGUGAUUCAGCAGUUCAAGUUUAGCGAUUUCUUGCAUAAUCGGUUUUGAUCGUACAGGUUGUCGAGAACCGUCGUAGCAUUCGGUCGGUGUUGAUCAAUCGAAAACGCUUGCAAACAUGACGAUCAAGGCGGUUUGUGUUCUUCAAGGCGAGCCUGUCAAGGGAACUAUUCACUUCGAGCAAGCGGAAGAUUCAAAUGCGGUAAAAGUAACGGGAGAGAUUUCUGGCUUGCAAAAAGGAUUGCAUGGUUUUCAUGUUCACGAAUUUGGCGAUAACACCAACGGAUGUACAAGUGCAGGCGCUCAUUUCAAUCCACUGGGAAAGGAACACGGUGGUCCCACUCACUCUGUGCGUCAUGUUGGAGAUUUAGGAAACGUGGAAGCUAAUGCUGACGGCGUUGCAAAGGUCAACAUUACUGAUUCUGCAAUUCAGUUGAAGGGAGCGCACAGCGUCAUUGGACGAACUCUUGUGGUUCAUGCUGAUCCCGACGAUCUGGGCCAAGGUGGUCACGAGCUCUCAAAAACAACUGGUAACGCUGGCGCUCGUCUGGCUUGUGGCGUUAUCGGUAUCACGAAGUAAACUCGACAGUUCGAAAAGUUAAUGGUUAAGGGAUAAACACAUACCUACUAUUUUCUUAUCAUUCAGUUUUUUUUGCGUAUACAUAGUUACACUGUACGCAAUAAUUGCUUUCCUAUCAAGUGCGAUAGAAAUCGAUUUUGAAUGUGAUAAUUCUUUCUGAAGAUGCAAAAGCAUCAGAAUUCAAAGUUGUAAUAAAAGCGUUAAAUAAACAGAAUUAUACGCAGUAUAGAA